AUGGCGGAUGUUGCUGGUCGCCCUGCCAAUUUUUGGCUUCAGUCCAAUGCUUUGCUCAGGAAAAACUUAACCUUUCAGAAACGAAGGAUGUGUGCCAAUAUAGCCCUGAUUUUAAUACCAGCCUUCUUCUGCUCGCUCUUUGCUUUCUUCCAAAUCGUUGUGGAUGUGUACACGAACAAACCCAAUACGAAAUGCGGAUCGGAUCCAGCAGAGAUCGGGCAUUUUGACGAUUCAUGUCCAAUUCCUAAGCCUCCAGAAUGGCCUGCCCUGUUAAAAAUACCACAGAAUGAUUUUCGUGCAGUGAGAAGUGAUUUCUUGUCGUUCAAAGACUUGCCCGAUGAGUCAUGCAGGAAGAAGGGCUCAUGUCCUGUCACAAUCCUCAUGACUGGAACUAAUCAUUCUUUUGCACAAACAUUGGCUUCGAGCAUGUUUUCCGGGUCUUUCCCGGUGAAUUCCUCCGGUAAUCUUACUGAUUGGACUCAAACUGUCAUGGGUACAGAGUCCCCACUUCAGUCAUCCUAUAUGUUUGAUCCUGCGUUCACUUCGCCGGAUCCAACUCCCAUCUCUAAUCUGCAGCGUGAAUGCCCUCCCCAGUUAUCUACAUCAUCCGCUACACUUCGAGUAUCAACCACCCCAAUAAAAAAGUUGCAUAUAUGCAACAUACUAAGUUCACCUUUAACGGUGUUUGUCUUGGAUGUAGAGGUUACGUGUGUUCAAGCCCUGUAUUUGUGGCGCAAUAGUUCUUCUGAGAUAAACAAUGAGCUAUACAAGGGUUACAUGAAGGGGAAUUCAGAGAAGAAGAUUAAUGAGAUACUUUCAGCUUAUGAUUUCUCAAACUCAAAUGCAAAAUCUUAUAAUGUGACCUUAUGGUACAAUUCAACCACCCAAGCUGCCGGUGCUAGAGCUUUGUUGCGACUACCACGCACCGUGAACAUGGCAACAAAUGCCUACCUUCAGUUUUUGAAGGGGCCUAAAACCAAAAUUAUGUUUGAUUUUGUCAAAGAAAUGCCCAAGUCUCGAAGUGCAAACAGGAUGGAUUUUGCCUCUCUUGCUGGCACAAUCUUCUUUACAUGGAUCGUUUUACAACUGUUCCCAGUUGUGUUGACUGCAAUAGUUUAUGAGAAGGAACAAAGACUGAGAAUCAUGAUGAAAAUGCAUGGCCUCGGUGACGGGCCUUAUUGGAUGAUUUCAUAUGUGUAUUUUCUCACAAUAUCUGCACUCUACAUGCUGUGUUUUAUUGGAUUUGGCUCAAUUCUAGGGUUAAGUUAUUUCACUCAAAAUGACUACUCCAUCCAGUUUGUGUUUUUCUUCAUCUACAUAAACUUGCAAAUAGCCCUGGCUUUUCUACUAGCUUCAGUGUUUUCAGACACCAGGACUGCUACAGUUGUGGCUUACAUUUUUGUCUUCGGAAGCGGGCUUCUUGGAGCCUUUUUUUUCGAACACCUUAUCAAAGAUGCAUCUAGAAGCUUGCUGGUUUUUCUGGAGCUCUAUCCCGGCUUUUCUCUAUAUCGCGGGCUAUAUGAGUUGGGGCAAUAUGCCAUUGAAGCCAAAUCCUUGGAGACUCCUGGGAUGACAUGGGAAAAGUUGAAUGAUAGCUACAAUGGGAUGAGAGAUGUGUUGGUUAUCAUGGGGUUUGAGUGGCUUGUGCUGCUUCUUCUUGCAUAUUACAUAGAUCAAGUUGUGACAUGUGGAAAAGGUCCUUUAUUUUUCUUGCAAAACUCUAGGAACAAGAACCCUUCAACUCUUAGGAUGCCUACCUUGCAGAGGCAAGGAUCUAAAGCUUUUGGUGACAUGGACAAACCUGAUAUUAGUAACGAGAGAGAAAAGGUUGAGAAGCUGCUCCAAGAUCCAAAUGAUAAAAGCCAUGUUGUCAUCUGUGACAAUGUCAAAAAGGUAUAUCCAGGAAGAGAUGGAAACCCUGAGAAAUUUGCAGUGAGAGGGUUGUCUCUUGCUUUACCUAGAGGGGAAUGCUUUGGUAUGCUUGGUCCCAGUGGUGCAGGGAAGACCUCUUUUAUUGAAAUGAUGAUUGGUCUCACAAAGCCUACCUUUGGAACAUCAUAUGUUAAUGGCCUGGAUAUUGUAACUCAAAUGAAUGAAAUAUAUACCUGCAUGGGAGUUUGUCCACAAUAUGACCUGCUAUGGGAAACCCUGACAGGAAGGGAGCACCUACUGUUUUAUGGCAGACUUAAGAACCUCAAAGGUUCUGUCUUAACGAAUGCAGUGGAAGAAUCAUUGAAGAAUCUGAAUCUAUUUCAUGGUGGGGUGGCUGACAAACAAGCAGGGCAGUAUAGUGGGGGUAUGAAGAGAAGGCUUAGCGUGGCAAUUUCACUGAUAGGGAAUCCCAUAGCUGUUUACAUGGAUGAGCCAAGUACUGGACUUGAUCCAGCUUCAAGAAACACUCUAUGGAAUGUUAUCAAGCUUGCAAAACAAGACCGUCUAAGGGGCAGAUAUGGAGGAUCAUAUGUGUUUCAAAUGACAACGAAUUCAGAUCAUGAGCAAGAAGUAGAGGACAUGGUGAUGAACCUUUCACCAAAUGCAAACAGAGUAUACUUACUGGCAGGCACACAGAAGUUUGAGCUGCCCAAAAAUGAGGUCAGAAUUGCAGAUGUGUUCCAAACCAUUGAGCAUGCGAAGACUAGAUUCACAGUCUAUGCUUGGGGGCUGGCUGACACUACAUUGGAGGAUGUGUUUAUCAAGGUUGCAAGUGCACCAAGGAAAAUCGAAUCAAACGUUUUAAAUACAGAUUAG